AUGAUUGUAACAACUAAUCAAUGCAAAUUUACUAUUGUGUGGAAUAAUACCUACCUAAGAAAAAUAAUUAUUAAAUACCUAAGACUUUAUCAUUUAUUUUCAUACAUUAGGUAUUUUCCAUCGAUUAAUUCAAUUUUAAAAUUCAAGUUUAAAGAAUAUUUAAAAGAAAUAGAAAUAGACGGUAGAAAAGGUCAAGAUGGUUAUCAUGAAAUUUUAUUUAGCGACGAUGAAGAAGAAGAGGAUGAUGAAGAGGAACAAUUAAAGUUACCACCGUCAUCAUUAAGCAACAUAAAUAUACCGAAAUCAGUUACAGUGGUCCAGUUAUUCUAUAGCAUUAGGAGUCCCAGCGGUUUGGAAAUGUUUAAAUCAAAUCAAUCAUCAAUCUCAAAAUUACAUCUAUAUAGAUUAGAUUCAAGUUUGAAAAUAAAUUAUAAUAUUUUAUCAGAUUCGAUCACAGAGUUAACAUUGUUCGAGUAUCACCAUGAAAUUAAAAAAGACACUCUUCCAAAAGGUUUAACAAAGCUUAAUGUAUCAUUUGAUGGGCUCCACCAAAAGAAAUCAAUGUUUGAAAAAGGCUCCUUACCUGGUAGUUUAACUCAUUUAACCGUUCAGUGCUUUUCUCAACAUUUUAAUUUCAAAUCUGGUAUAUUACCAAAUAAGUUAUUAUAUCUAAAGAUAGCAUCUUCGGUUUAUCAAGAGAUACCAAAAGACUACAGGUUCCCAGAUUCUCUGAUCCAUCUAGAGAUUAAAUGUAAAGAUUUAAAAACAAAACUCCCAAUAAAUUUAACGUCUCUCCACAUUCAAACAUCAAAAGAAAUUAAAGAUUAUUCGUUGCCUUCUCUUCUAAAGUAUCUGUAUAUAUCAACUUGCCAACCUCUUUCAUCAAGAUUGUUACCAAAAUACCUGCUAUCUUUAGAAACAGAUGCCGAUUCAAUUGGUGUUUCAGUGCUCCCAGAAACAUUACAAAGAUUAAUACUUCGUACUGAUGGAUCUGGUCUAUUAAAUUUCAAUAUAAAGUUAUUGCCAAAAAUGAUGCCUUCAAGCUUAACCUAUUUAAAUUUCGAUUUCGACGGAUAUGGUUCAUUUAAUAAUGGAGGGUUUCCCAUGAUAGAAGAAAAUAUAUUCCCAUCGACAUUGACCUACCUUAAUUUGGGAAAUGGCUUUAACCAGCCUAUUGGCGUCAACACAUUGCCUAAUUCUGGUAACUUAAAAACUUUAAUAUUAGGUAUUAGCUUUUCUCAAGAAAUUGUUUCAAAUUCAAUACCACCCAGCGUUUUAUAUUUUCAUAUCAAGAAUUCAUCAUACCAGCAUUUUAUUAAAUUAAACAACCCCUAUACUGUUAUAAAAAUUUGCGACAGUAAUAAUAAUUACUUCAGACUUUAUAAACCAAACCCUCAGGAUCUACGUGUGCUAAGACUAUCUUCAAAUUUUAAUGAACCAAUUCAUUCUUUAGAGCUACGAAAUAAAACCAAUUUAGAGUAUCUUCAAUUAAAUAAAUUAUUUAACCACGAUCUAUUACUCGAAGAUUUACCAAUCAACAACUCAAUCAAGGUAUUAAUAUUGGGAAAUAGUUUCAAUAAAUUAAUUCAUUUAGAAUAUUUUCAAAAUCUAGAGACCUUAAUUAUCAAAAAUAGUAACCCAAAAAUCAUAGCAUCAAUAUUUUAUAAUAAUGACAAUAAAAAUGAUCCAAUUUAUAAUUUUUAUAAUUUAAAGGUAAUAGAGGUACGAGCGGGCAAUAACAGGUUUCUAGAUGGACUCGAAGAGGUUUUUUAUCAAUUUGUAAGAUUAUCAAAAGAAAAAGAAAAAAAAUCAAAAAAUAUGUAUUAAUAGUAAUACUAAAGCAUAAUGUAUUUUUCUUUAUUUUAUAAUAAAUAAAAAUUGAUUAAAACAACAAGUGUAUUAUAUCUGUGUAUGGUACCAAGAUAUAAUACUCCCACCUU